AUACGUAAUGUUCGAUGAAAUGAUGAAAGUAAAUAAAUCAAUCACUUUAAAUAAAAUAGUUGAAAUUUUUAUACAUUCAAUUCAAUAAUAAUUAUAGCUUUAUUUGCUACUACUCACUUACUGUAGUAGUUUAAUGCAAUAUAAAACAUUUCAGCCAGCAUGUCUAGGCUGCAAAUGAAUGCCAGCGAAAUACCAGGAAAUCAUGCCUUCAACUUGGAUUCGAGAGAUUCUGUCAAUGAAGAUUACAUAGACGAAAGUCCAGAUAGAAGAAGAAUGAAUAGCCGCGAAAGAGAUGGUUCUCUAACUGAUUCAAAUUCGGGUAUGGCAACUGGUUUAGAAGUUAACGGAGAUCCUAAUAAUGUUUUCAUGAUGGGUCAAAUGGACAAUGUAAUGAUGAACAUGUUUGUUAACCCUGGAAUGAUGAGCAUGAGUAAUUAUAUUGUUCCGCCAAUGAUGACUCCUAAUCCCAACAUGAUGCCUACAAGUGAAGAGACUUAUGCAGUAGCCUUAAACCCCUUAAAAGAAAUAGUUCACUUCAAAUCUUGCACUUUAUUUCCGCCUAGUCCUCACUCACCAGCACCUACUACUAGGGAUAGACCUCCAGGGUGUAAAACCGUAUUUGUUGGGGGUUUACCUGAAAAAAUAACCGAGGAAAUUAUACAUGAGGUUUUUGAGAGAUGUGGAGAAAUAACAACUUUGAGGCUGAGCAAAAAAAACUUCUGUCAUGUACGGUUUGUUUUUGAAGCAUCAGUGGAUGCUGCAAUUUAUUUGUCUGGCUAUAGAAUUAGGAUUGGAUCAAAUGUCGAUCCAGGAUAUACUGGAAGAUUACAUGUAGAUUAUGCACAGGCAAGAGAUGAUCAAUAUGAAUGGGAAUGCAGGCAAAGACAAUUGGAAAGAGAAAGAAGGCACAGAGAGAGGAUGGAGGAGGAAAGAUUAAAAAGACCUUCUCCUCCUCCUGUUACUCAUUAUUCCGAUCAUGAAGCUGGUAAUAUUGCCGAGAAAAUUAAACAUGAUGAGUCUUUUACCAAAGCUUUACAGGUGGUCAUUACAUGGCUAGACAGGGGCGACUGUACCAAGAAAAACGUAAAUACUUUUUACUCUAUGAUCCAAUCAACAAACUCACAUGUAAGAAGAUUGCUAACAGAAAAAGGCCAUUAUGAAGAUGAAUUGAAGAAGGCUAAAGAUUUGCUUAAAGGCAGAAUGCAAGGGAUUCUUCUACAAUUCAGUCACAUUGAGCGAUUGUUCGAGGCGGCGCAUCAUAAGAAGGUUUGGGACCAUUUCACUAAAGCCCAGAGAAAGAACAUUGAAGCAUGGAAAAAACAAUCGUUGGAAAUAAAAAAUUUCCAACUAGAAGAUUUACAAGAAAAGCAGAAGGACGAUGAUGAAAUGGAUGUGUCAGAUGAUGAUGAGCCUGUCAGGAAAAAAGCUCGAGAAAUGUCCAAUGAGGAACGCAAUAAUUUGAAAGAUGAAAAUGAUAGUUUAAAAUGUCAAGUGGAAGCUUACAAAAAUGAAGUUGAAAUUAUUAAAAUGGAUAUGAAACGAACUAUUGAAAAUAAAGACGAACAAUUAAAAUUAAUGCAACAAACAUUACAAGGCAUGCAACAACAACUAAUUGAAACCAAAAAAAAACAUUCAGUCGCCGAUCAACGAAUUAAAAUGUUGGAAUCUCGUCUUAAAAAAAGCUCAAAAAUCAUGGAAAUUAUUAAUUUGGAUGACGACGAAACUGAACAACCUCCCAGCAAUGUUCUCACAGAGAAAAAUAAUCAACAAAUACCAAAUUCUGAAGCUAAACUGAUAGGAAUUAUUUCAAUAUUCCUAAACGUUCAUCCUUUUGGGGCUGGAUUGGAUUAUAUAGCAUCUUAUGUAAAUAAAUCCAUAUCAAAUUUAAGAUCUAUGGAUAUAGAGGCCCUUAUGUCCAGAUAUCCGACAGUAUUUAAACAAGAUGUAGUUGGUAUUGGUGCCAGUAUGGAGAGAAGAUGGAUUUUGACUGCUUUUGGAAAAACAUUAAACAGUAGAAUCCAGGAUGAUACUGUAUAGAAGCAAUUUUGUGUUGAUAAUAAUAGAAUGUUGUUUAGCAGAAAAGGCAUUUUUUUUUUAGUGGAAAAUAGAAAUAACCGUUUUGACUAAACAUGCACAUAAAACAAGCAUUUUUUUACCAGUUAUAUAUAAGGUCCGUUUCACCAGGGUUCAUACUUUUGACAUCGAACACGCCAUAACUUGGAAAAAAAGGGAUGUCGUAGAUUAAUUCAUAUGACACAUUCAAUUUUUUUGACAAAUUAAAAUGAAUGACUCCUGGUUUAAAAACCAACAAACGUUUUUGACGGCAUUGAUUUGUUUCAGUCAAUUUCCAUUUGUUAAAAAAGGAAGGCAAAAAGUAUGAACUCUCGUGAAACAAUGGCUACGUUCACCAGAACUGAAACAAGUUGUAAACAGUUCACAAAUACCAACAGAAUAUGUUGGGCAAACUCUUGGUUCUGCUGAACGAUUCAACUUUUCAAUAAUAGAACGUCACCCUCUGAAUGUCAUGUCACCACACAAAACACUAGUGUUGAAAAUUAUAAACACUUAAUUUAUGCUUGCAAAAAUGGCGACCGUUUGCAAAACAUGUUUGGUUUCAACACAAAUUCAACGUAGCGUUCAGCAGAACAAUCGCAAUGCGUUUACCAACGUUUCUAUCUGGUGAACGUGGCCAAUGUUUAGGUAAUGUAGUUUGAAGAUUUUCAUUUGGAAUUCAUGACAUAGAUUGCAUGGUUAUCUAAAGUUUCAAUGAACAGCAAUGUCAUCCUUGAAACAUAAUUAAAUUACCAACAAAAAUACUAAAUGGAUUUUAAGGAUAAAAAAAUAAAAUAUACACAAUCUUUAGGAUAUUUAAUAAAAAAUAAUUAAUACAAAAAAAUCACAAACUUUUUAAGGCACACCAAAAAAAUAAAUAACCUAAUGGACGAGGACGAUAAACAAAAAUACAAUAAUUCUUGGCGAAAUAAAGGGCCUACUGAGAUACCAGAAAAAAUGUACUCGUUAGCACUAGCUACCUUACAAUGUAUAAGUACCAAAAUAUUGGGAGGAAUGUUAAUAAAUUAAAGAAUUAUGGCACAAUUUUUGUUAUGAAUAAUAAGUGGGUAUUAUUGAAAUAGGCCAUUGGGGCAUUACAAAACAUACAACAAACUUUUAAUGUGAACAACUUUACAUUAAGUAACUGAUUUUAUCCUAACAGAGCAACAAUGCAGAUAUUGUUGAAAGGCACUUUUGUGUAACAGUUAGAAAUAGUAGAUAAAUCUAAAGCUGGAUUUAUAGUGUCAGUAUCAGUAACAGUAGCAGUAACAGUAACAGUAAAAAAUUAAAACACGACCGACCAUAAAGCCAUUUAUAGUUCACUUAACAAACUUAUCAGUAAAACUUAAGAAAUGGUUAUUUUCAUAUCUGUUCUUGUUUUAAGUUACUGUUACUGAUACUGACACUAUAAAUCCAGCCUUACUGUGUACAAUUAACACUUUUAUCAUCCAUACAUUUUUCUGAUUUUUUUGAGCCAUUCAAUACAUUUGAAUUAUUAACAUCAUUUAUAUUAUUUAUCAAAUUUAACAUAUCCAAAUCUGCUUUAUUGUUCUGCUCUUCAGAUAUGAAAUCUUCCUCAUAUUCUGUCUCCAUAUCAAACAUCUGAUCCAGUUCUUUCAAGUUAGACAUAUUAUUUUUCAAAUCGUUUAGUUUUGAUUUGUUUAAAUUAAGUGGAGGCAGAUCUGAGAGUGAACUUAAAUUAUUAGAUUUUUUCGGCUUAUUGAUGGAGGGAUUUUUGAAAGGCACAUCUUGAACUUCACUAUCUUCAGCUAUAGAACUUGUAUCCUCGUAUGUAUCAUCUUCUAUUAUAUUUAAUAGUUGUGGUACAGGCACAUUUUUAACUGUAGGAGCUUCUUCUUCAAUAAUUUUUAAAUAAUUUUCAGUUGUUGGGUUAUUAAAAGCAAGUUUAGGACUAUUAACGUCAAAAGUUGCAUUGAAUUGUUUGCUUUUCUCUUGUGAUUCAUUUGAGCUACUAUAAACAGUUUCAUCAGUCUUUUUAUAGCUGCUAUCUAUAGCAGAUUCAUUCCUUAAGCUUUCAUUAUCAACAUUUAAAUUAAUGUCUAAUUUCGUUUGAGCAAUUUUGAAUAACUGUUGCAAUAGAGGAACUUGUUCAUUCUCACUGUUCAACCCCAAAUUAUCAGCAAGUUUUUUUCUGCCUUCAUAUUGGCCUACACUGUCUAAAUAUGAUUCAGGUUCAAACACUGAUAAGGUAUAUUGGAGGUUGAAAAAUUCUAAAAAUUCGUGUACCAGACAGAAUAUAGUACGUCCUUCAGCAGUUUGUAAGUAAGACCGGACUUUGUGAUUUUGAAAAGGUUGCUGUUUGCUCAGCUAGAAAAGAAAACAAGUUUUAUUACAAUAAUUAUUACAAGUCAAAUUUUUUACCUUUUCGUCUUCAUCAAGGGCAAGAAAUACGUUAGCCCUAAGCUCAGCCUAAAAAAAAUGUAUAUAGUUAAAUAGGCAGUUUCCACAACACAGCCAAAAAUUCUCACUCUAAGUUUAGCCAAGCAUCCGUUCUUCUCCAACGUUUGUGCCAACAAAUCUCGCAACUCGACGUCUUCUUCUACCAUCGACAUCUUUAUUUUUAACUAAAUUAUUAGUAGGACCCUUGAAAAUUGAGGAAAGUGCUUGAUUUUGUAAAAUUUUGGGAAUCCAGGAGGGUGUACUUGAUUAUAGAAUUUAUUACAUUGUAUUUCGUACAAGGCACACAAACGGGGCUUUUAAUGGGGUCUCUACUCUAAUAAUGUAAAAUAAAAUUGAGGAAAGCACAAAAAGUAUGUUUUCAUUUACAACUUUACAUUUUUCUCAUUAUUUUAUUUUUU